AUGAACGGCGAAGAUCCGUCCGAGAGGCCCGACUACAUUGUCAACAUCAUUAAUGGCCUUGAGCGAUACAACCCCGAGGCUGUAGGCACUCUUGAGGGCUACCUCACCGAGCAGUGCGAACAAAAGUACACCGAUUGCAAUGCCAACAGAACGCUCCUGAAGCUGUACCAGCUCAACCCCGACCGCACCAAGGAUGAGGUCGUCACCAACAUCCUGGUCAAGGCCAUGACCCAGUUCCCCUCUUCUCAGUUCAGCCUCGCCAUGCACAUCAUCCACCCCACCGCCGCCGCCCAAGGCGAGCUCGCUGAGGCCAUUGGCAAGCUGCGAUCGCUGAACAACUGGCUCGAGGGUGCUGAAUACGCGCGCUUCUGGAAUGCCGUCGACGGCGACGACCUUGUCGCCGACCUGAUCGCCGACAUCGCUGGCUUCGAAGACAUCAUCCGACAGAAUGUAGCCGUCCUCCUGUCCCAGGCUUACCGCCAGGUCAGCCUUUCUCAGCUGGAGGCAUGGCUCGGACUUGAAGGUGACGCGGCCUCGAAGUACGUCAGCGAGGUGUGCGGAUGGAAGGUUGAGAACGGCGAAGUCAUCAUCCCUAGCAACCCUGAGAACGAGGCCAAGAAGGCCGAGAUCAGGGAGGAUGUUGGUAUCGAUAUGUUCUCCAGGGUCAUUCGGAGGACAUGGGAGGAAACCGCGUAA